GAAGGAAACUCUGCGCUCUCAUUCCUGUGCGUCUGUGUCGGUCCUUGUUUCUGUUCUGCCUUUGUUGUGAAGAGCAAGGUUGGUUUGGUUGGCUCUCAGAUUGCUCCCAUCGAACGAAAGUGCGUCUGGUUGCCCUUUUGAUUUUCGCUUCGUUGGCUGCAACCAUCGAGCCGGGAUCAAAUUUGGAUAGGACAUCGGAAGGUUUUGUGAAGUCGGGGUGACAAGAUGGCUGCGUCAACUGUGACCAUAAAUGUGAUGCUCGCCAUCCAUGCGAAAAAGACCACCUCGGUGGAUAUGUACAAGCCUUUGCGCCAGUACAUUGUUCAUCAUUACUCCGAAAGGUAUGCACAGGACAUGGAAGAUGACCUUCAAACGGUCCAGCAGAUGCGGAAUGAUAUAGAAAAAGCUACUGAUUCUCUAGAAGCCCGUCGGGAUCUUCUCCAAAGGUAUUUUCGUGCCCUUUCAGUGAUGGAAUCCCGCUUCCCUAUCUCCAAUGAAAAAGAGCACGUAAACCUCUCGUUUACCUGGUACGAUGCAUUCAAGCAGGGGAGGAAAGCAAGCCAGCAAAACAUUCACUUUGAGAAGGCAGCGAUUGCCUUCAAUCUAGGUGCGGUUCAGAGUCAACUAGCUCUGUCUGCAGAUAGAUCAACUGCCAAUGGCUUAAAGCAAGCUUGCAACUGUUUCCAAGCGUCCGCUGGAGCCUUUGCAUUCCUUAGGGACAACAUUUCAAUGAAAGCUAGUGGAUCUGCCUCUACUGUGGAUAUUUCUGUGGAGUGUGCCGGUAUGCUGGAAAGGCUAAUGCUCGCCCAGGCUCAAGAGUGCUUCUUCGAGAAGGUUUUGUCGGACAGCAAGCCUGCUGGUCUUUGCUCUAAAGUUGCCAAGCAAGUCGGUCUGUACUACGAAGAAGCCUUCGCAGCUCUGGUGCUUCCUCCUCUCAAUCAACACUUUGAUCGUACGUGGGUUGCUCACGUACAGCUGAAGGCUGCACAAUUUCAAGCAGAAGCGUGUUAUCGUAUUGCUCUUGAGCUUCACGAGAAGGAGACUAUAGAUGAAGAGAUUGCCAGGCUUAAAGCUGCCAGUCAUAUGUUGUUAGAGGCCAAGAAAUCUGGAAGAGGCGUUGUUGGACCACUGCUGGACGCCGUCACGAAGCUCGAGGGAAACGUGAACCGCAAUUUGGAGCGGGCCAACAAGGAGAAUGACAGGGUUUAUUUAAUGAGAGUCCCUGCAGUCGAAUCUCUACCUCCGUUGCCAACCGCAGUCCUUGUAAGAUCGACUCCUCAGGCAGACGUUUUAGAUGCAAGUAGAGAGAAAAUGUUUGCUGUCCUUGUUCCAGACAGUAGUGCGAAGGCACUCUCCAAGUAUACGGAGAUGUUGGACGAUAUCAUCAGAACUCAAGCGGAAAAAUUGCAGCAGGAGAGUGAGAUUACAAGAGUGAAGUUGAGGGAGAUGGACUUACCCGACUCGCUUCAAGCUCUGGAAGGAAGUGCAUCUCUUCCCGAGCAACUGAGAGAUGAUGUCGAAGCAGUUCAAAUAGAUGGAGGGCCAGAGGGCCUUGAAAGUGAAAUGAGACAGCUGAGGGACCUUAGGCGGGUCAACGAAGAGCUACUAGUUCUUACGGAGGAGCUGCUUGAGAAGGAGGCCAGAGAGGAUGCCCAGAUAAGAACACAGUUUGGUACGAGGUGGUCAAGACCUCAGUCAAGCACUCUAACGAAGAAUUUGCACGAUCGAGCGAAUGGAUUUGCUGCUAACCUGAAGCAAGCGUCAGAUAGCGACGCACGAAUAGAGCGCACUAUUCGGGAUAACAUGCACCUUAUGUCAAUUCUAGACGCUAGGCCGAUAGAGGCUGCCUUGCCAAGUCUUGCAAGACCGAUUAUGUCCUUGAAUGGCGACGAGGAUAACAUCGUCGGUGCUCUUCGACUGAAACUAGGAGAGCUAGAGGCGCUUGGUCAACAGCGUGCUGGUCUGGAGGAUAUGCUCAAGGAAAUGAAACGCAAGGAUAACAUUCUACCGAAGUUGAUGACAACCUCAGGAUCGUACGAAGAGCUUUUCAAGAAAGAACUUGCCAAGUUUGACCCCGUGUGCGCUGGAGUGACAAAAAACGUUGAAGCACAAGAGAGAUUGUUGCAUGAGAUUAAGGCACAAAAUGAUGCCUUCGCUGCCACCUUCAACCUUGAAGACUACAAAGUGAGUCGUGAAAAGGCGUAUAAACAAAUAUCUGCAGCUGUCGCAAAGUAUCGAGAAGUAAGGGAAAAUAUCAACGAAGGUCUCAAGUUCUAUGUAACUCUACAGGAUGCGAUCACUAAUUUGAAACAGCAAUGCAGUGACUAUGUCAUGACUCGGAACAUACAGUGUCGUGAAAUGAUUGAAGAUCUUCAGCGCCAAAUUGCAGGGCUUUCUUUCACUGACAGUAAUAGCUCCUCACGUAACUACCCAGCCGUCGGUACUGCGCAAAGAGCACAAGCUGCUGCUGCAGCAAGUGUACCUUACCCUCCACAGCAGCACCAGUCUCCUGCACCAAGCUCACAUCCUCAGUACUAUGGGUCCAAUACUACUUCUGUCUCGCAGCCACAACCUCAGAGUCAGUAUCCUUAUCAAGCUCCACAGCAAGCUACGCCUGGGGCACCUCCACCAUACUACUCCACGCCUCCACCACAGCAAAACCCUCCCGCACCACCACCUUACUAUGCCCAUUCGCAAACAUCUGUAGCACAUCAGCACAAUCCGUCAGCAACUUCUCAACACAACUACAGUCAGCCUCCUUAUCCUGGCUGGCAAGGGUCGUACUAUAAUGCUGGACAACCCACUCAGCAAAGCUCACAAAAUGUGUCACCCCCUUACUAUAAUGCUCCGCCUGCCCCAGAAUCAUAUCAUGGAGCUCCGCAGCCGGGAGGUUCCUGGAGGCAUUGAUGCUACAUCUGCCCUUGGCAAACUUUUGACCCCCUACUUGAUGUAUAUUGAAUCGUCAUUGUUAGUGUUUAAAGUCCCGGUCGGUGAGUGGUAGUCAUUAUGUACACCUCUCACCUAUGAAUUCUGGUAAUUACCCUUAGGCCCACCAUCCCCAGGACUCUUUUCAAGUUUGAUGUAGCAAGAGUAACACUUUCAUUCAUUCUAGGUAGGUAUAGUAACACUGAAGUGCUCGCUACUUUCUUGUGUGUGUUGCAUUUGGAUUAUAGCGCAGUGAAAUGGUUCAACAUUUGCAAGUACGAAGAUGUACUCCUCCCAGGUCUUGUCUAUUAGCAUUUGUUGGGAUUCUCAUUCUUGUGAGAAGAAACUGAAUUUUUGGAGUAGGUAUAAAUCCCAGGUGAAAAUUAACUAUGUGGUUCUAUGUUGUGGAAGAUAGGCUGCGUGCAUGUUACCGGCGCACGUUUGACUAGGAUUCAGAAGAACUUAGCUACAGAGCUCAAACGUCUUACUGUUAUGACUUGUGAAUUUCUACGUUGCAUUUGGAGCUUACGUUACAUAAAACCAACCAGGUUGUGGUUUCUGUAUAUUUUAUGAUCUUUUUCCGUGAGAGUUCAGGGCGUAGGUAGUUUCUUGGUGACAUCAUGAAUCUAGUCUCAUAACGGUUCUGUGGAUUGUAUACUGACACGUCAGUAUAAUUGGUGUUUGGUGUAGGAGGUUUUAAUGAGGGUAGCAGUGUAGAGAAAGACAAGGUCGUGAGUAGACCGUUGCUAGUUUACUUAUAGAGAACUUCAUAGUCUUCAUGGCCCCCCAUUGAUUCUUUGGCAACUUCUGAG